UACAUCAUGUGAAACAGAGUGCAGAAGAUGGGGCUCUCGGACAGUUGCACAGAUCCAACUACCUUCAAGAACGGAUCAAAAUGUGACCCGUGUGAAAGAAAACCUGGAUAUGAAGUUGAACCUAAUUGUGGACGCGACGAUCAUGGUGGGUUCCACUCUGACAGUCACAAGAAAUGCAAACCCAACACUUUUAACAACGGCAGCCAGUAUUACUGUCAAGAUUGUUCUACGUGUCCUCCUGGUACCUCUGUAGUGAAAACCUGCACUUCAAUGUCCGACGCUAUUUGUCAGGGAAUAAGAAAUGAGUCGACAACAACCGCCCUCCCUAAAUCUACAACCACCCAUGCAGCAACAUCAUUUAGCACUGCGGCGACGACUCAAACAUACAUAACAACUGUCUCACCAAGUUCGCAGCACACAGCUCUGUGGACUGCACCCUUAAUAAUAAUUGUUCUCAUCUUCCUGUUUGCUGCUCUUUGUGCUUUGAUGAUGAGAAAAAGAAGAGGUGUGUGUAAAAAAGCGUUCUACGGGAGAAGGACGUCGUAUAAGAAUGAAGGAUUUUCCCCCAUCCAAGCAACGAGAAGCAGCGAAGAGCUGUAUGACAUGCUCAAUGCCGAUAUCCUGUCAGCCCCUUUACACAAUGUUCUGGAUGAUCUCGAUGUGUUGGAGGAGUUGGUGAUUCUGCUGGACCCAGACACGCAGGGCAUAAAGAGCACAAAGCAUCUGGCGUCUCACUGCUCCUUCCCUUCCACCUGGAUCACCUACACUUACUCCAUGAAGGAUACAAAAAGCCCCCUGAAAGCUGUGUUGGAGGGGGUCACCAGCAGGCAGCCCGACUGGACGGUGGGCGACCUGGCCAAGCUGCUCAGACAAAUAAAUCGCAACGACGCAAUCAGCGUUCUGGCAAAACUCAGGCCUGUUCCAAAAACUUCACAUGAAUGACAUUUUCUUGAUCCUUCUAAACAGAGUUGACGCUGUUCUUUAAAGCGGAACCGAAUAUGACCUCACACACAAUAGUGUUCAACUUUUGUUAUUUUGAGAAGAACAAGAAUAGCUCCCACCCAUCUGCGUCAGAAAUGGGAUGCAGAACGGUGCAGACUAAAUUCUAGGGAAGUUCGUCCAUGGUUUAGUGGUGUUAAAAUUUGACGUUGCUGCAAGCCGACAGGAAUUCAUCAUUCCUUGACAAGCGAGCCUGGGAAUGAUGCAAAAAUAACAAUUAAAUCUAAUUUUUUAUUUGAGCUCACGUUCAGUGCAGGGUAGAGGGAGGGGGCGGGACAACAAAAAAAACAAACAUUUUUUUAAAAGGAAGUCUUUACUUUUUAAGAAGUAGCCAACAAUAAUCCACAAAAUGUGUGUCACUGGCAGGCAAAUGUGAUGGAGGACAGAGGCCCACUUCUCUUGUUUUCAACUCAUAAGAGAACAUGGCGUUCAUUCAGGGAUGACGUGUUCUUUGUAAAUCAGGACAUGAAUAGAGGAAAUGCACUCACCUAAACGUAACCAUAGACACAGUCAAAACAGUCAUUAAAACAACCGGAACUAUCCCACAGCAGGAACCACAUUUAUCUUGAGGCCACAUAAACUCUGCAGGAUAGUAAGGGAGGUAAUGAAACAAAACAGCUGUUUGAAGUUCACUGUUAGAGAACUGCAACUAAGAGUCCACGCAACAUUUAGGACCGCACGUACAUUUCGAGCAGCUGUUUGUUGGGGGUAACGUUUCAGUCCUACCAUUACAAAUGUAAAUGUGGAGUUUGCCGGAUAUUGAUUAGACUGACUGGGGCACUUUCCCCCCCGCAACAAACAUUUGGAUCUAACAUGAAAAAGAAUGAACAUUACCGUACUUCACAUCCACUGUGAAGUACGGUGGAGGUUCUGUGAUGGUGUGGGAACCUUGUUGUAGUGCCCAUCUUCAGUGCUCCCUGGGGGAGCGCUGCUAUAUUCAGUUCUUAUGUCUGGGCAAUAAAACAUGAUUUCAAAAGCAUAUUAAUGCAGGUUUUCGACAAUGAGUCUCAAAAUGUUGAAGGACUUCUGAAAAUAAUUUUGCAUUUGUUUGUAUUUUCACACAUUUAUGCUCGACUGUUAUUUUAAUACUGAGAAUAUUUUCAUACUGAGAGGCACAUGUAGAGUGUUAUUAAUUUUUUUGUUUUGUUUUAAAGUUAAACAAUGUACCAUUUUUAUGUUUCAUACCGACGUGUUAAAAUAAACAAUUAAAAUAUGUUCAAACAUCUUAACAUCUUUAUUAAGCAAGUAACAUUAUAAAUAAAAAAGUGCAUAGAAAAUUAAACAGGUUUAGAAAUGUAUAUACAAAUAUUUACAAACUCAAGGUUUAUUUGUACAUGGUAACAAAGACGUAAAUUUAAAGAGGACAAUUUUUCAUUUGUCUUUUACCCUUUAAAAUAACCCUAUUUUAUAUAUUUAUUAUAUAUAUGUAUAUUUAUAUAUAUAUAUAUAUUUAUAUAGGUGUGUAUAUAUAACAUACAGCUUUCUUAACAGAUCCUGGGAGAGAUGGUCAUAACUUCUGCAUUUAACUAGUGCUUCUGCAGCCUUCAUUCCAUGCACACAGAAAAAAAGAAAAACAAUAUAUAUACAUACACACACGCGCACAUACAAGAUUAUUAAAAUCGAGCUUUCUGGUUUUUAAAUCAAAGUCUCUUUUUGCAUCAGUAUUCCCAAACAUCUGUUUAAGCAGCUGAGGUAGAAAUCCUUGCAAGGAGUUAGGACUGACUCUGCUAAUCUGGGUUCCCACCCAGCAUCGGUCAUGCAAAUGAGAAACUGAGAAAACAUGAUGGACAUUUGCUCCUUUGAGACUCUAAAACAGAAAGGGUGGGGAAAGAAGAUUGGGUUUCCAACAGACAAACAGUGCUCACUUUUAACUCUGGCUGACACUAAGAUAGGCAGUAUUCUACAAUUAAAAAAAAAAAAAAAAAUCAUAAAAUGAAUACAAAUGCUUCUUUAAAAAAAAAAAAGAAAAAGCUGUUUCAGGAAGUCAUAAAAGGCCCAAAUGUAUGACAAUUGCCUGAAAUGAAAAUUCAAGUAAAUAAAUGAAACAAAGGACAUCAUCUGUAAACAAACAAACAAAAAAAUAUAUAUAUAUAUAAGAAAGAUGGAGAACUCUAUCAGUACACUUGACCACCACCGCUUUAUACACAGCACAACCUUUCACCAUUGAAAUCACAAAUCAGAACGUGAAUAAAUACGAUUAACAAGCGGAACACCGUGAUUUAGUUUUAGCCUAGUCAUUAACAGCACUGAACAACUUACAACAUUGAACCAUUUUUUUUUUCCUUUUUCAAUUUUAAAGGUGCCAAAUGCCCCCGCGCCCCAUCAGCUCCGCGCCGACCGACUGACCGGAGCCGAACGCACGCGCUCAGUAGCAAUGCUUUUUAUCCCCAGUGCUUUCCUCGACUUCUAGACAAAGUGUAGCAGGUCUCCGAAAGAAGAAGGUGAUGAUUUGAAGGUGAUGUUUAU